GUGAAUGGAAGGACACUGCAGCGUCUGCAGUGAGGGAACUCGUCCAAAAGGUGGCGCCACAGCACAAACAAUACAACCCACUCUCAGUGAUUUCUGGUUGGUUCAUAGUUGUUUGAAAAAAAAAAUCUACACAUUGGACUGGUUUUGAAGGUUUUGUCAGUGGAAAAAGUGUGGUUUAGCGCCUCAAGUGUUAACAAAAUAAAAAAGCUCCCCUUUUUUUAGUUCACAGAGAAUUCAUGUUGUGUUGUUAGUGCUGAAUUACAGAGUAACUAUUAUUCCGACCACUAAGGUCUCACGGUGGAGCUUGUGUCUAUGUUGAAACAACAACACACACACAUCACACAGUUCUGAGGAGAUUUGUGCUAAAAGUAGGAAGCUUCAAAUUCACACGCGAUGAUGAGAAUCUUGUACGAGAGGCAUGUUCUCUGCUUGAACAAGUGUUUCCACUUUGCAGACAAACUCGGGGGCGUAAGGCCCUCCACACGCCUACUUCAUGUCAGCAUGGCACUCACGGGGUGGAAACAUGGCAGAACCACCCGGUUGGACCAUGGCUGCGUCCCGCAGGCUGGACACCUCGGGGAAACGCCCUUCGGGACGUUGUUGGUUGCCAGGCCCAGGUGCACGCCUGAACACGUGCGCCUCAAGUCGCCCGGGGGGAACUUCUCCAGAGUCAAAACAAUGCUCUUCCUGCUGGGCAUGACUCUGACCUUCCUGGUCACGGCCUCCUACGUCCUGACGUGGGACAAGAAGGUGAGCGCCGCCUAUCAAGUCAAAGGUGACAACAUCUCCAGCGGCAGCGCCGCAGCAGCGAUGACGGCGCUCUCCUCGGAAAAGACUUCAGUGGACAUGAAGCAGCUAAUGAGGAUAAUCCACCCUAAAUUGGAAUACCCACCCAGGAGGGCUCCUGAGGAAAAGGACAUCAUCGAGACGGACCCUCAGUUGUUCUCUGUCAUCCCUCGCCACUUCCUGCCGGGGAUCAAAAGCCCCUGCUGGUACCAGGAGUUCUCAGGCGAGACGAGCAACAAUCCCUACAAGAGGAACCUCUUCGCCGUGCGCUCCAAGAGCUUCAUGGGCGCCAGCGACCAGCUGAGGUCCAACUUCCGCCUGCGCCGCCGCGACGGCAGGCAGUUCCGCCUGCGAUGCCUGCCUUACUUCUACAUCAUCGGCCAACCCAAAUGCGGCACGACCGACUUGUUCUACAGGAUGCUGCUGCAUCCCCAGGGCCGCUUUAACUUCAUGAAGGAGCCACACUGGUGGACCAGGAAACGCUUUGGUAAGGCAUCAGUUGUUGUCAUCAGUGAUGACAUCAUAACACCUUCAUUAGGUGUGCAGGUAAUGACUUAA